CGGUGACGCGAAAAAAGUGCGCCGCUGAUGUGCUGAGGUUUUGCUGUGUAAUUUCUUUCUGUCUCCGUUCAGUACCGGUGUCGGUAUUAUUUUAUCCUAAGUUUAUUCUACUUUUGCAAGAUGGAAUAUUUGAUUGGUAUUCAGGGUACAGACUUUGUCUUGGUUGCGGCCGAUAACGUGGCCGCCAGCAGCAUCAUCAAAAUGAAACACGAUUAUGACAAAAUGUUUAAACUGAGUGAGAAGAUCCUGUUGCUGUGUGUCGGAGAAGCUGGAGAUACAGUACAGUUUGCAGAAUACAUUCAGAAAAAUGUCCAGCUCUACAAAAUGAGAAAUGGAUAUGAGCUCAGUCCAGCGGCCGCUGCAAACUUCACCAGGAAGAACCUAGCAGAUUAUCUGCGCAGUCGGACUCCUUACCAUGUGAACCUGCUUUUGGCCGGAUAUGAUGAGACAGACGGACCUGGACUGUACUAUAUGGACUACAUGUCGGCGUUGGCUAAAGCCCCUUUCGCUGCACACGGAUAUGGCGCUUUCCUCACUCUGUCCAUCAUGGACAGAUACUACAGGCCAGAUCUGACACGUGACGAAGCCGUAGACCUUCUGAAGAAGUGUAUAGAAGAGCUCCACAAACGCUUCAUCCUGAACUUGCCCUCAUUCACCGUUCGUUUGAUCGACAAGGACGGCAUUCACGACAUGGAGAAGAUACUUGUGGGGGCAAAGUGACAGUCUGCUGUGGCAUCUACACACCAUCACUCUUUUGUACUGCAUAUCUAAUCCUUUAUGUUCAAAUAAACCUUCAGCCUGGUUAA